GCUGCAAGUGGUGAAAUAGUUAAUUAGUUGUAACGAGUAAAUAACUCGGCCUAUAACGUUGCAGGCCGAAUUAUUCCGGGGUCGACAUGUCGUGGUUCUGUGUUUACAAUCGCUGAGUAGUAACACAUGAUAAACAGUAUUAGUUGCAAACUUGCAAUAAAAAAAAUUACCUUUGGAUUAAUGCCUAAUAUUAUUGUACCACCCUUUCCUGCUACGAAAAUAUAUCACUAACAGUUGACAAGAAAAGAAAACUCCGUAAAGGUUCUCCAAUAUCGACCUGCCUAACUUUGUUACAACUCGAUUUCUGCAAGAUUUAGGAUCAGAAGAUGGGAUCAGGAUCUAGUCGUUCAGGGUCCCGCCCAGAUCCAAACGGUGCCACCAGACCAGGCGGUGGUGUGAACUCCUCUAACCCUAACCCUAAGAAGACAGGAUGGGAGUGGUUCGAAAUAAACUUCGGCACCAUGGACCUAGCCGAUGAUUCUGACGAAGACGGGGAUGUCGGUGAUGAUGUUCCAACUGUGGAGACCUCCUCCCAUGAGGCUCCUGGCCCGAUGAUGGCCGGGGAGGGCGGAGAUGGAGCAGCGACGACGGCAGAUCCGGGUGUGACGGAGGCAGGAGCCGGUGGAGCUGGAGGAGGCGGAGGUGACGCGUCUCCAGCUCAACCAGAGGAAGAACCAGCGCAGCCGUCAUCGGGAGAACCGGCUGGAGAUUCGGCUCCAGCUGAUGUGGAUACUGCUCCAACUACAGAGCCUGCUUCAGCCCCUGCUCCAGGACCUGGUCCUGCUCCUGCUCCUGCUCCUGCUAAACCGGCCGCACCAGAUCUAUCCAAUCUUCCAUCACUCUCAGUCACUGGUGUUAAACUCUAUGAGUUAGAGAACGCGCAAGCGCACCAUACCGAUGAGUUUGAACAAGACAUGAGCAGGGAUCUUGACCUGAUCGUGAGGAGAGGUCAGGAGUUCAACAUGGAGAUCAACCUAAACCGGAAGUACUACCCAGAGAUGGAAACAAUCAUUCUACGAUUUGCAGUCAAAACAAAGAUACCUAGGCCUACAAAUGGAACGUUGAUAUCACUAUCUUUAGAUGGAUCAUUUGAAGAGGGAGAAUGGAGUGUCAAAGUUGAAUCAAUAGAAGAAAACUCAGUCAAGUUAUCAGUGAAGAGCGCCCCCACCGCCCUCGUAGGCUGCUACACCCUGACUAUCCUUGUGAAGGGCCUCAAGUCUGGUGUCCGACGCGAGUUUGCUCAGAGGAAGAAGAUCAUCACCAUGCUGUUCAACCCUUGGUGCGACAAGGACGCCGUCUUCCUUGGGAGCGAGGACGAGCGGAAGGAAUACGUCAUGGAGGACGUCGGCCUGAUCUGGCGUGGGUCCUACAAGAACUUUCACGCCAAGAAGUGGAACUAUGGACAGUUCGACCUUGAUGUGAGAGAAGUGGUCUUUCAGCUUCUUGAGGAUCACAUCAAAGCAGAGGACAGUUGGAACCCAAUCAAGGUGUCUCGGGUGAUGUCUUCCAUCAUCAAUGAUUCUGGUAGGGGACCUGCAGGCGUGUUGGUGGGUAACUGGAGUGGGUAUUAUGAUGAUGGUAUCAGCCCUACCAAAUGGAACGGCAGCGUCGCCAUCUUGGAGGAAUACAAAUCAACUGGAAUGCCUGUCAUGUAUGGUCAAUGUUGGGUGUUCUCUGGAGUCUUCACCACCAUUCUCCGUUGCCUUGGUAUCCCUGCACGGAGCGUUACCAACUUCGCUUCCGCUCACGACACCGAUGACAACAUGACCAUCGAUAAGUACGUUGACCUCUGGGGCAACGACCUCAAGAAAGGUCAUGAUUCUGUCUGGAACUUCCACGUCUGGAACGAAGCCUGGAUGACUAGACCUGACCUGGAUCCUGGACUAGGCGGAUGGCAAGCUGUGGACUCGACACCACAAGAAACAAGCGACGGAGAGUUCCAGUGUGGUCCUGCCCCUGUCAUUGCUGUCAAACGAGGGCUGGUAAACCAAGGACACGACACCAGGUUCGUCUUCGCUGAGGUGAAUGCUGACAGGGUCACGUGGGAGGUCAGGAAGGGGCGGCACAACCCCAAUGACCCCAUGUCAGCAAAGUUCAAACACAUCAGCCUCUCCCAGAACUCCGUGGGUAGGAGCAUCAGCACCAAAGCCGUGGGCAGUGAUGCAAGGAAUGACGUCACAUUGGAGUAUAAGUUUCCUGAAGGGUCUGCUGAUGAACGUGCGGCGGUCAUGAACGCGGUCAACAAGGGAAUGAGCCGCGGCGUUUACCGCGAAGAUGGGUCCGUCGACGAUGUCUUUGUCGUCGUCGAUGAAAUCAGCAAUGUUUGGAUCGGCGAGGAAUUCAGCAUCCGGAUCAAGACGACGAAUAAAUGCGACAAGGAUCGUACAGUCUUCAUGAAGAUCAACGUGGAAAGUUGCUAUUAUACAGGCAUUGCUCUGGAAUCAAUCAAGCGGGAGAAACUGACUUCUAAGAUCGGUCCCGGAGAAACGAUCGUCAACGAAAUCGAGAUCAAGGUCGAUGACUACCUUGGCAAGAUCGACGACCAGGGCUUACUGUCUGUCUUCGGCAUCGUUUCUGUCAAGGAGACAAGCAAAACAGCCACUAUACAAGACGAGAUCAGACUCAAGAUUCCUGACCUAGAGGUCAAAGGUGAGGUCAGCGGGUCAGAGGUCAAGCUCGCGGUAGAGUUCACGAACCCUCUUCAAAAGACACUGAUGGACUGCGAGUUUGUGGUGGAAGCUCCUAAACUGGUCAAACCAUUCACAGUUAAACACCCGAACAUCCCGGCUGGUGAGAAGAUCACGAAGGAGAUCACGUUCAAGGCAAGAGGUAGGGGUAAAAAAGAUGUCCUCGUUGAGUUCGACUCCCAAUACCUCAAAGAUGUCACUGGAUCCGUGGUCGUCGACGUCAAGGAGGCAUAGAGGCUCGUUCAAAUAUGACGCGGGAAACCCCCGAAUUAAAAUAAACCUAGGUGUUUUUUUUUUUAAUGUGUAAAUGAAUAGCGAAUGAGCGCAACACAGGUCAUUUGCGUAUUCAAUGAGCUCUGUGCUCGACUUUAAGUUGGACUUAACUAUGGCAGGCCAUUCAUGCCACUGGUUGCUCUCACUAUUAUGAUCUUUAGAUAAUAUUUUUUCCUUCAAUAAUGAACUAUCAACAACAACAAAUUCUGUAUAUUUGCGACCUUGAUUUGUAAGUCCCUUGAGAGACCAGUGCCAAUAACUGGCGGGGGCAAAUAGUGGCGUGAACGAUCUGCCAUAGUUAAGUCCAACUUAAAGUCGAUCUUAGUCUUUGUGAAACACUCCCAGGAGACCGACGGCUUUAUGUCUUCUCCGAGGGUUUUGGUAAUGAUUAUUAAUGCCUUACCAAAGGGCACGAGCGCAUUUACUUUGUUUCGAAUCCGGGACCUGCCGGUUACGAGACCACUGCUCUAUACCUGUGAUACACUGCGACACAUCAUCAUUGUUGUCGCUCUUCUUCGUCAUCAUCAUCAUCACCUUCAUCAUCAUCAUCAUCAUCAUCACAUCAUCAGCACUAUCGUCAUAACAAUCCUAUCCAUCGUCGCUCUGACAUCAUUACCUCAAGUAAAUAAUCAUAGAAAUAUUAUGUGUAUGUAAAUAUAAUUUGUUUUAAAAAUCAACAUGUACAUUUAUGUGUGAAUAUACUUUUAUCUUACAAAAUUUACAAUGCAAUGUAUUUGAAAUUUGAUUUAGGUAAGGACGCCAUAGUUGUAUUUUCUUUUUUAGCAUUUAUGUAAUUUCGCGGAAACAUGUUGGUCUUCCACUGUAUUUUUGGGUCAGAAACAAAUUUCCUAUAAUUUUAGGAUUUCAAAGUUCUAAUGCAAAUUAUAUUUGUUGUAUAUGAAUAUCGAAAUUUCUAUAUAUAAUUUGUAUUAUUAUCUUUUACAAGCCCGGUAUAAGCAAUAUCAGUAAUUUUGGGACUUCAAUUGUACACUGAGCUGCUUUUUGUCUCUGUAGUAGGUGGCAUACCAAAUCAUUAUUUCAACUUAAAUAACUGAGGUCACAUUUUUCCGAUAAAUAGAAAGUAUAACGUUACUUUGAUUAAUUGUAUGCCACCAGGUGAAUUUUUACGCUGAAUUUAUUCUUUAUAUCCUCAAAUUUAAUGAUUUUUUUU